GGUUCAUCCCUUCAUCGCCAUCCUGGAGAUUUGCUGUGAUUUCCACAGCUGUGCUGCUGCUGAGAGUUUCCAGUGUUGUGUAAGAGCUGACAGGAAGAGUCACGCAGGUCAAAGGGCUCUCAAUAUAAAUAUCAGAGCAGAAGAACAGAGGAUCACUUCAGCAGAUCUCAUCCUCAGCUGCUCAAGAGAAGAACCACCUUCAGCGCUAGAAGUGAUAAUGAAGCUGACACGUGUGGCUCUCGCUGCUUCAGUCAUCAUCACAUGCAUCUGCUUCCUCCAGACCGCAGCUGUUCCCUUCACACAGACUGAAGAUGAGCAUCAUGUGGAGAGUGAAACACCAGAGGAGAACCAGCACCUGACAGAAACUUCUCAGGAACAAACAAAUCCAAAUACUUUCUUCAGGGUGAAACGUCAAAGCAAUCUGUCCCUGUGCAGAUACUGCUGCAACUGCUGCCGCAACAAAGGCUGCGGAUACUGCUGCAAAUUCUGAUCCUGCGUCGUUUUAUCAAGUUCUGUGUGCUCAGGAAAAGAGUUUCUUUGAAACAUUAACUUAUUUGGACUUUUGUCUU